CUCUUACGCUCCCUCUCCCAAUAGGAGAGCGCGCGCCCAGACCAAGCCGACUGCUUCUCUCUCGCUCUCUAAACCCUGUAUCCCCUCUCUCUUUUAAACAGUCUCAUAUUCUCUCUUUCUCUCUAGCGAGGAACGGCGACUUAGAGAGACAUGGUGCUCCCAUCCACCACGAUGCCCACACCAGACAGCCUUAUGGCCUCAGGCCGAAGCUCAGAGAAGCUUAGCCUCCCUUCUCUGCAAUCGAAAAUGAAGGUUGAUCCAGAGAGUUACACAACAGAGCUGGACCUCCUUCACAAACAGUUCUCCUCUGCUCUCUUUGUCUUUGAACAACAGGCCGCCAUGAAAUCAGCUUUCAUGGAACCAGACCCGACCAUCACGAAGGACCUUGGUGAUCUCGCCAUGUUUCUCUCUCAUGUCAUGCCCUCUUAUCCUGAAAAGCUCGGUAGCUUUCCUGCUAAUUUAAUUGAGCUGUUGAGGACUGGGGCUCGUACUUUGCCUUCAAGCUUGAGGUGCCAGAUUACUCAAGCUCUAAUUUUGUUAGUCAAUCGACAGAUGGUGGAUAUUGAAGAAACACUUACACUGUUUAUGGCACUUCAAACUCUUGGAGACAGGAUUUUAAGGAAGAUGACCUUUUCUCAUGUUGUCCACAGUAUUCGGCGCAUGAAUUGUAAACAUAGAAAUGAUGCCAAGAAUCGUUCACUUCAGAAUGUUCUCUUUGCUAUGCUGAUGGAAGAAGAUGAAUCUAGGGCUAAAAGGGCGCUAAUUGUACUAUGUGAUCUUCACCGCCGAAAAGUCUGGUUUGAUGAACGGACUGCAAAUGCAAUUUGUACAGCCUGUUUUCAUAAAUCAUCCAGGAUCAUGAAAGCUGCUCUAUCUUUCCUUCUUGGGUAUGAGCGCGUUGAGGAAGGCAAUGAGAGUGAUGGCUCAAGCAGCGAAGAUGAUACAACUGAACAGAAACCUCAUGUGGUUCUAAGCAGGGCGGCGGUUCACAAGGCACAUCAUCAAGGUACAACUGCAAGCAAGAAGAAGAAAAAAGCAAAAUUGCAACGUGUUAUGCGCAGUAUGAAAAGACAGCAACGCGUGUCUUCAGAAAACUCUGGUUUUAGUGGCUAUUCACCUCUUUCACAUCUGAAAGAUGCACAGGGGUUCGCCGAGAAGCUCUUCUCUCGUCUUCAAACAUGCAAUGAGAGGUUUGAGGUUAAGAUGAUGAUGUUAAAAGUAAUUGCUCGGACUGUGGGGCUUCAUCGCCUAAUAUUGUUAAAUUUCUAUGAAUUCCUUCGAAAGUAUGUUCAGCCUCAUCAGCGGGACGUCACUAAUUUGCUAGCAGCAGCUGUCCAGGCUUGCCAUGAUAUGGUGCCUCCAGAUGCAGUUGAGUCACUUCUGAAGCAAGUGGUGAAUCAAUUUGUCCAUGAUCGAUCUCGUACUGAAGCAAUUGCAGUGGGGCUUAAUGUGGUGAGGGAGAUGUGCCUGCGCAUGCCUUUGUUGAUGACUGGGGAUUUACUCCAAGACCUUGUCCUUUAUAAAAAGUCACAUGAAAAAGCUGUUUCAUCAGCAGCACGUUCAUUAAUGUAUUGCUAUUUGCAGAUAUGCCCUUCACUUCUCAGUAAGAAGGAUCGUGGACGACCUUCUGAUUCAAAAGCAAAGCCAAAAGCCUAUGGUGAGGCCAGUGUGAACAGCAAUGUGCCUGGUGCUGAGCUAUUAUUGGAACAUGCAAAUGCCUCUAAUUUUAGUGAUGGUGAUGAUGAUGAAGUAGAUGAAUUGGCUACCAAUGUCUCAGACUCUGAUAGACAUGAUUCCUCUGAGGAAAGCGCAGGGGCAGAGGAAAAUGAUUAUAGGUCGGAUGAAGAAGAUGAAGGUAGUGAGGAAAGUGGAGAAGAUGAUGGUGUAGCUCUUGAAGAAGAUGAUGAAGAUGGCUUGGAGAGUGAGGAUGAAAUAGAGUCGGUUAGAGGAGAUUCUAUAUCUGGAGAUGAAGAGGAUGAGAAUAAAGAAGAAGAGGAAGAACCAAGUGCACAGAAGAAAGAAGAAGAGGAGAAAUCAAGUUCAGAGAAGAGAGGAGGAAAAAAAGAAGAGGGAGAAACCAAUGUAAGGAAGAGAAAGAGAUUUGAUCCUAGUGAUCAAAAGCCGAGUGCAGCAACAAGCCUGAGGGCUCUGAAGAGACUUGCUGUGGAGAAGAUGGGGACUGUUUCUUCAGUUUUAACAGACGGUAUUCUGUCCAAUGAAGAUUUCCAGUUGAUCAAGGAGCUUAAGGCGAAGAAAGAAGCAAAGACAGCAUUGGCAGUGCAUGGUCUAUUGAAAGGUAAUUCAAGUGCAAAAACAACUAGUCUGAAAGUACCAGAUUCUGAGGAGCUGAGCACCAAGCGUGUGGACCCUGCCAAACUUGAGAUUCAUAUACGAAGAAGAUUAACAAAGGAUGAGAGGCUGGCAUUGGUGAAAGCGGGACGGGAGGAAAGGGGAAAGUACUCUGCCCGCACUGCUGUUAAGCAGAAAAAGACUGGUGGUUCGAGUAACCGGUACAAGGAACACAAGAAGGCAAUGCCAAUCGCUGCCAAGAGAUCGAAGAUAGCACGAUCCCGGCAAGAGAAGAAGCAGAAGCAACGGAGAGCUGGAAAACAAUUUAGGGGAAGGAAGGCUUGGAAGUAGACAUUGCUUGUAAAAAAGGCAUCGGUUCGAUGAAAAUUUUGAAAACCAUGUUUUUAGUUUGAAGGCAUAAUUUCAUUUAAAAUUUUGAAUCAUGUGUUUGGUUUAAAUGCGGGUCUUUGAUAUAAAUUUUCCUGGU